AUGCCUAAUAAGCUCACACUGAAGACCGCGGCAGAUAUUGAUGGGAAAGCUUCUGAGCUUACUGAUAUACCCACCAACUGUGCGACACCUUCGGCUGUUCUUGCUUUUAGCCCCCGUUCAUUCAUUUUCCGUUUCGGGCUUGCCAUAUCUAGUACGGGUACUGCUCCGGGAGCAAGAGACAUGAGGCUACAACAUUGCUUCAGCCUUGCAUGGGGGAAGUAUAGAAGCCUCCCUCAACCCCAUGUAAAGGCAGCACCAGCAACACAUCAACAACAACACAACACACUCAAUCUUCUGUUCAUCUCUCCUUCAAUAAGCAAAAGCCUUUCCUCGAUCAUCAUGCGCGCGUCUGCCAUUCUUUCUUUGAUCCUCUCCGUUAACCCCGUGGCAUUCGGCUGGGAGUUGCAGGCAUUCACCGCGAACAACUGCGGUGGAACUGCGGUUCAGUCAAUGGCGUUGAGCGGCAAGACUGACUGUGAAAAAUUCGACUCCUUGGUUCCCAUCAAAUCAGCUCGCGGCAACGGUGCCCCCGAUGGGCAGCUCUGGGCAUCGUACAACGACGACUGCACCGGUAACCUCUGGACUCUGUCCGGUAAUGGUGACUGCUAUAACUCCCCUGACAACUGGCAGUUUAAGAGCUAUAUCGUAAGUUACUAG